AUGUCACAGCAUUACCGGCCGCGGCCAGCAUCCACCAUAGAAGUCAAAUCUUCGCAAUCGACGGCCGGUUCGUUCACCUGGUGUGCCUCCGGUUUUUUUUUUAGGGAAAAACAAACAAAAACUAAUUGUUUUUCCCAGUAUUCUCUCACCAGUCUGCUAACACCACCCCCGCACUUUCACUGGACAGUGUAACGCCAGGUUCGCUUCUCGGUAUCCACAACUCCAAGGUUGCGCCUGCGUCGACAAUCCCGACAAGCGUGGAAUUCAGCGAUGUAGCGAAGGUCCAGACCUUGCGGCUACCGCUAGGCCCGCUCCCAAUCGAAUCUUCAAAUAACACUGCUGAACUCAACACCAAUGUUGUCUGCGCUGGUGAAGAGGCCACAAUAUGUCACGACUCGGGCGAUUUUCGGGCUGUCAUUGGGCGUACGAAUCAAGAUGAGGAGGAUGAGGGAGAAGCAGGAGGGGGGGGGUGGGGGGAGGGGGACAAAAACACAGUAGUAGCAGUUCGGGCUCUCUGGAUUCUAUAGCCUCCAGUUACGUUUUUCGCCUUUCUGCGCAUGCGGAGGGUCUCAACGCGAAUCGUUCUACGUCCGGGCGCCAGUAUCAGAAGUCUACUCUGCACCGGCGGUCUCGGGAGGGUCGGAGCCAAGCCAGCAUUUCAGCCGAUCCAGAAGACCUCACCUCCAGAAUUGCCGACUGGAUACCACUACCCCCUGAACUUCCUCUUUCUCCAAAGCUCCUUGACCCAGCGAUAGCAGCGGCAUACCCGCUUCCACCAUCACGAGCAUGCUCGGAGCCUACCCCCAGCACGCAGCAGCCGCCGUAUCAACUCCCACCGUACCCGGCUGUGCCCCAUUCUACCGCAUCGCCCUCUUCUUUAUUGCAUGGUGCAAGCCCAAGGAAUCUGCCGCGGUUGAAAGUGCCGCCCAGUUUGGCGAGCUCAUCUACUACGGAUAUGACAUGGGGUCCUGACUCCCCACUUACCUCUGCGUUAAGGUUGAAGCGUGCUGCCGCUGUCUCGGCACUGCUGCCUUCGUCGCCGACACAUUCCAUGUCUUCGCAGGAUAGCAGUUCUACUAGAGUGACAGAUGUAGAGGCGGAACUAGGGGCUUUAGAGGAGGUGGGUAGAACAGAGGUUCUUAGGCAGCGUGUUUUGCUGUGGAGGUUAAUUGCCGAACGGGAUGGUGGCGGUGGGAUAGAGUGCGCCACGUCUGGAUAG